UUGAGUGAGAGAACUUGCGUACAGAAUUCAAUUUCUUUGUCGGCAUAUUCCACGUUUGCCAGCAACUACUAAGUAUGAUAAAUAGACAUUUUGAUACUCCUCUAGUACGUUCUUGCUCCAAUUAAGCAUUACUGUACUAUUUGGAAAUCUUCUGAGAACAAGGGAUGUCAGGUCCACAGUGCUGUGAAAAUGCACCAAGCUUGAGCUCCGGUUCUGGAGCUGGGCAUGUGGAAGAACUUGGAGGCCUCCAAUCUUACGUUACUGGGUCUGCUGAUUCCGAGAUUGCUGUUUUGCUUGUCUCUGAUGUUUUUGGAUAUGAAGCUCCAAAGUUGAGGAAGCUUGCAGACAAAGUUGCAGGGGCUGGAUUUUUUGUUGUAGUUCCAGAUUUUUUUUUCGGAGAUCCUGUACUAGUGUUAGAGGGGACUGAUCUUGAUGCUUGGCUGAAGAAACAUGGACCUGAUCAAGGCUUCGAGCAUGCAAAGUCAGUCAUUGAAGCUCUAAAAGGCAAAGGCAUCACUAAAGUUGGAGCUGUAGGCUUUUGCUGGGGAGCAAAAGUUGUUGUGGAACUAGCAACAUAUGCCUGUAUCCAAGCUGCAGUGAUUUUACACCCUGCUUUCGUCACUUUAGAAGAUAUUCAGGGGGUCAAAGUUCCAAUGUCAAUAUUGGGUGCUGAGACAGACCACACAGGGCCACCAGAGCUACUGAGAAAAUUUGGCCAGGCCUUGGAUGCUAAGCCUGAGGUUGAUGGUUUCGUGAAGAUAUUUCCUGGGGUUGCUCAUGGAUGGUCUGUGAGGUACAAGGAUGAAGAUGAAAAAGAGGUGAAGGCAGCAGAAGAGGCUCAUCAGGAUUUGUUGGGUUGGUUGGUUAAGUAUCUCAAGUAGCUCUCUUCAAAAGUUGCAUCCUAUUCCAUUUAAGGAUUCAGAAGUCCGUUGUUCCCUGUUGUUGUAUUUUGAUUUUUCAAUGUUUGCUGUGUUCGAGAUUUCGUUUGAAGUUAUGAAAAGAUUACUCCAUCGGUUGGCCUUUGAUC